AUGAUCGGUGUCAUGUCUGGUAUCAUUGAUUCACAGGCUUUCGCCGAUAUCCUUCCCAUCACAAAAGGCAACUCCGUGAUGCAGGCUCUGGUGACGGCGGUCUAUGAACUGGGCUGUCUGGCCGGUGCCAUGUUCGCUCUGUUCGCCGGUGACAAGAUGGGUCGUCGUCUGAUGAUCAUGUGGGGUGCCAUUGUCAUGAUUGUUGGUGUCGUUAUUCAGGUUGCGGCCGUCAAGGGUCACGGUGCUACCGCUCAGUUCUUCGUUGGCCGUAUCGUGACUGGUAUUGGAAACGGUAUGAACACUUCGACCAUCCCUACCUACCAGGCUGAGUGCUCGCGCUCCUCCAACCGUGGUCUGCUCAUCUGUAUCGAGGGUGGUAUCAUCGCCAUCGGUACUAUGAUUGCAUACUGGAUCGACUUCGGUGCCUCUUACGGCCCUGACGACUUGGCCUGGCGAUUCCCUAUCGCCUUCCAGAUUGUCUUCGGUGUCAUUAUCAUCGUUGGAAUGCUGUACCUGCCCGACUCCCCUCGCUACCUCAUCGCCCAGGGUAAGGUCCACGAGGGUGAGUACGUCCUGGCUGCUCUCGGUGGCUACGAAAUCGACUCCUACGAGACCCAGCAGCAGAAGCAGCUCGUCAUUGAAUCCAUCGAAGCGGCCGGUGUCGCUGAAGGCGCUGGCUACUCCGACCUCCUCACCGGCGGAAAGACCCAGCACCUCCGUCGCAUGCUUAUCGGCUCUUCUUCUCAGAUCGCCCAGCAGCUGUCCGGUUGCAACGCUGUCAUCUACUACCUUCCCGUGCUGCUCAAGCAGUCCCUCGGUCAAACCCAGUUCAUGUCCAUGAUCAUCGGUGGUGUCAACAUGAUCGUGUACGCCAUCUUCGCCACCUUCUCCUGGUUCUUCAUUGAGAAGAUCGGUCGUCGCAAGCUCUUCAUCGGUGGUAUGACCGGCCAGAUGGUUUCCAUGAUCAUCGUGUUCGGCUGUCUCAUCCCCGGUGGUGAAGGCCCUGCCAAGGGUGCCGUCUUCGGUCUCUUCCUCUACAUGUCCUUCUUCGGUGCCUCCAUUCUUCCUCUGCCCUGGUUGUACCCGGCCGAGAUCUCGCCUCUGCGCACCCGUGCCAAGGCCAACGCCGUCUCCACCUGCUCUAACUGGCUGUUCAACUUCACCGUUGUCAUGAUAACCCCCGUCAUGGUUGCCAACAUUGGAUGGCGCACCUACCUGUUCUUCGCCAUCAUGAACGCCGUCUUCAUUCCCCCCAUGAUCCUCUUCUACCCCGAGACUGCUGGCCGUUCUCUCGAGGAGAUCGAUCUGAUCUUCGCCAAGGGUUACUGCGAGAAUAUGAGCUAUGUCAAGGCCGCCUAUGAGCUGCCCAGACUCACUGAUGAUGAGAUCGAAGCCAAGGCUGCCGAGUAUGGCUUCCAGACUAGCCGUCGCCACGGUGAUCUUGAGGACGCCGGCGCCGAGAAGGGCUCCCCUCGCAGUACCUCCAGCGAUGGCAAGGAGAACCACGAGGACAUUGAAAACUCUCGCUAG